UCUCCUCGAACUCAUCACCCAAUCCUAUUUCCUUUUCGAAAUCACUACGAGAGGAGUGAAAUUCACAUACCCAGAUGAGAAAUUCAACUCCAUUGUUCUGUCUCCGUGUCCCCCUUAACUACUUCUUCUUCCUUCUCUUUCUGAGCUGUGCGAAUUCUCAGUCCGAACUCUAUGAUCAAGAACAUGGAGUUCUGCUGAGGAUGAAACAGUACUUUAAAAGCCCACCUUCUCUCAGUCACUGGACACAGUCAGAUUCAUCUCAUUGUUCAUGGAAAGAGAUCACCUGCGACAACAACUCUGUUACAGGGCUGGCUCUGAAAGAGAUCAAUAUCAGCCAACCGAUACCAACUUUCAUCUGUGAGCUUAAAAACCUCACUUCUAUUGAUUUUCAAUGGAAUUUCAUUCCUGGGGAGUUCCCAACUUAUCUCUACAACUGUUCCAAGCUGGAGUACCUGGACCUUUCUGAUAAUUACUUCGUUGGUAAGGUUCCAGAGGACAUUGAGAGAUUGGCUAGCCUGCGUUUUCUUAACCUCAGCGGCAACAACUUUUCAGGUGAGAUUCCGGCGAGCAUCACGCGGUUAAAAGAGCUCAAAGGUCUUCAGCUUAAUUACUGUCUAUUUAAUGGCACAAUCCCAAGUGAAAUAGACAACCUAUCCAAUCUCGAAGUCUUGAAUUUGGGCUUCAACCCAUUCUCUCCUUCAAAGUUUCCUUCUAGCUUCACCAACCUCACGAAGUUGAAGCAUUUUGAGAUGUCUGAUUGCAACUUGAGUGGUGAAAUCCCAGAAAGUAUUGGGAAGCUGGUGGCCUUAGAGAUGUUGGAUUUAUCCCAAAAUCAGUUAAGCGGCAAAAUUCCAAGUAGUUUGUUUAUGCUGAAGAAUCUCAGCAUAAUGUUUCUUUCAAGGAAUCAGCUUGAUGGGGAGCUACCUCAAGUGAUUGAAGCCUUAAACUUGACCAUCAUUGAUCUUGCUGAGAACAAGCUUACAGGAAAGAUACCUAAUGGCUUUGGAAAUCUCCAUAAGCUAACUGGUUUGAACUUGGGCCUUAAUCAAUUAUCAGGUGAGAUUCCCGAAAGCCUGGGCCGUCUUCAAUCUAUAAUAGAUUUCGGCGUCAUCUUCAACCAUUUAUCAGGUAACAUUCCUCCAGAGUUUGGGCUCCAUUCAAACCUUAGAAGAUUUGAACUUGCAUCAAACAGUUUAACGGGCAGUCUUCCUCAGAAUUUGUGUUACCAUGGCAGUUUAUUUCGGUUAACAGCUUAUCACAACAAACUCAGUGGGGAAUUACCGGAAUCAUUAGGAAAUUGUAGCAGCUUGCUCGAGUUGAGGGUCGACAAUAAUGAGCUCUCUGGUGAAAUUCCUACCAGCCUUUGGGCGUCUCAGCAUUUGUCACGUUUCAUGAUCAAUGACAAUAAGUUCACAGGUGAGCUUCCUGAAACAUUGCCUGUGAAUGUUUCACAGAUGGUAAUUAGUUACAAUCAGUUUUCUGGUAGAAUUCCAGCGGGAAUAUCUUCCAUGAAGAAUCUGGUUGUGUUUAAUGCAAGUAGCAACCUCUUUAACGGAAGUAUUCCACAAGAGCUAACCAGUCUUUCCCAGCUAGCAACUUUGUUGCUUGAUCAGAACAAACUUUCUGGGCCACUUCCAUCUAAAAUCAUAUCAUGGAAAUCCCUUAGAAUUCUAAACUUGAGCCAAAAUCAACUUUCUGGGGAAAUCCCAGAUUCAAUUACUCGUUUGAUUGACCUUGCACAACUAGAUUUGUCAGAAAACCAAUUAUCUGGCCAAAUUCCAUCUCAACUAGGCCGUUUGAGAAAUGCUAUUCUCAACCUUUCCUCUAAUCAUUUGACUGGGAAGAUUCCUAGUGAAUUUGAAAAUCUUGCUUAUGCCACCAACUUUUUGAACAAUCCUGGCCUUUGUGCUAACACAGAUAAAUUAAACCUUAAACUGUGCAAUUCUGUUUCUGUCCCUCAGAAGUCACGCAAACGCUCAUCCGUGUCUCUUGCUUUGAUCAUAGGCCUUGCUGUAGUAGCCUCCAUAGCACUUUCCUUGUUAUCACUUUUCAUGAUGAAAUUCUACCAAAAGAGAAAGCGAGAAUUGGACACUUCAUGGAAGUUGACUUCCUUCCAGAAGCUAACUUUCACAGAAUCAAAGAUUGUUUCAUCCUUGACAGACCAAAACAUCAUAGGCAGAGGAGGGUACGGUACAGUGUACUGUGUCGCUGUCAAUGAUAAAGACUAUGUUGCUGUGAAGAAGAUAAGCAAUAACAGGAAGUUAGAUCAUAAGCUUGAGAAUGCAUUUCUUGCAGAAGUUGAAAUCUUAGGCACUAUUCGUCACAUCAACAUAGUGAAGUUACUAUGUUGUAUAUCUAAUGAGGAUUCUUUACUUCUUGUAUAUGAGUAUUUGGAACAUCGUAGUCUUGAUCAGUGGCUGCACAAGAAGAAUGGCUCAUUGGGUAUGUCAUCUGCAGUUCAUGGUAUUAUUCUUGAUUGGCCAAGGAGAUUGCACAUAGCCAUUGGGAUUGCACAAGGUUUGAGCUACAUGCAUCAUGAUAACUCACCGCCCAUUAUUCAUCGCGAUGUCAAAGUAAGCAACAUUCUCUUGGAUUCUCAGUUCAAUGCAAAAGUUGCAGAUUUUGGUCUUGCCAAGAUGUUGAUCAAACCAGGACAACUUGAUACCGUGUCAUGUGUGGUUGGCUCUUUUGGUUACAUUGCCCCAGAAUAUGCUCAAACGAAAAGAGUGAAUGAAAAGGUUGAUGUAUAUGGCUUUGGGGUUAUCCUUCUGGAGCUGACAACAGGAAAAGAAGCUAACUAUGGAGAUGAGUACUCGUCUCUUGCAGAAUGGGCAUGGCGUCAGAUUCAACUAGGAAACAACAUAGAACAAGUUCUAGACGAAUAUGUUAAGGAAACUUCAUACUCGGAGGAAAUGUGCAGCGUCUUCAAGCUUGGGGUGAUGUGUACAGCCAAAGAGCCGGCUGGUAGGCCUUCCAUGAAGGAGGCUUUGAAUGUAUUGCUCCGCUUGAAAGAACCAUGUGGUUAUGUAGAAAUGAAUUUUGGUCAUUUUGAUGAUGUUCCUCUCCUAAAGAAUUCCAAAAGGGAGAGUAGGUUAGACAUUGAUAAUGAUAGUUAGCGAGAUUUAUGUUGUGUUAUGAAAUGUUGGGGCCUGAGAUGGCUUAUAAUGUGCCGUAAUUUGUAAAUCUCAUAUCAUUUUUGUAGAAUGAGUUGAUAGAGGAUGUAAAUAUAUGUGAGAAUUACAUCUGAUCUUAGAUCAAC